AUGCUCUCCACGACCACCUCGCGCCGCGUGCUCGCCAGUGCGCACAGGCAGACGCCCAAGAUGACCAGCUUUGCGUCGGCGCUCACCUCGACCCUCUUCACCUCGCUCCACCGCCAGAUGCACUCGUCGGACGAACCGCGAGACCCGGCCUACCGCGUCCUCACCAACGAGCGCAUGAACAAGCAUGUCCUCGAGGCGCAGUACGCCGUCCGAGGUGCGAUCCCGCUCCGCGCAGAGGAACUGCGCGAGCAGCUCGAGGAGAAGGGCAAGGACGCGGGUCUCCCGUUCGACACGGUCGUCAACUGCAACAUCGGCAACCCCCAGCAGCUCGAUCAGAAGCCCCUGACGUUCUUGCGACAGGUGUCGGCCUUGACAGAAUACCCCGACCUCCUCGACCACCCCUCGACCUCGUCCAUCUUCCCCAGCGAUGCCAUCGAGCGUGCACGAUCACUCCUCAAGGAGAUUGGCAGCGUCGGAGCGUACUCGCACUCGAUGGGUGUCCCGGCGAUUCGGAAACGCGUCGCCCAGUUCAUCGAGAACCGCGACGGCCAUCCCUCCUCGCCUGGCAAGAUCUACCUGACGGCGGGCGCCUCGACCGGUGUCUCCAACAUCCUCCAGAUCCUCAUCUCGAGCCCUCUUGACGGCGUCCUCAUCCCUAUCCCCCAAUACCCCCUUUACACCGCCGCCCUCGCACUCAACGCCGCCCGCGCCGUCCCUUACUACCUCGAAGAAUCGGCCGACUGGGGUCUCGACGUCGAGAACCUCAAGGCGAACCUCGAGAAGGCCCGCCAUGAGGGCACGGUCAUCAAAGCUAUGGUCGUCAUUAACCCCGGCAACCCUACCGGCAACUGCUUGUCGAGCGAGAACAUGCAGGACAUCAUCAAGCUCUGCUACGAAGAGAAACUCGUCCUCCUCGCCGAUGAGGUGUACCAGUCGAACGUCUACGGUGACGCGCGCCCCUUCGUCUCGUUCAAGAAGGCCCUGAAGGAUAUGGGCGCCCCAUACGCCGACAACGUCGAGCUCGUUUCGUUCCACUCGAUCUCGAAGGGCCAGUCGGGCGAGUGCGGACGCCGAGGAGGGUACUUCGAGCUUUGCAACUUCCACCCCGAGGCGGAGGAACAGGUGUACAAGCUCGCGUCGAUUCAGCUGUGCCCGUCGCUAGGAGGACAGAUUGGUGUCGACAUCCUUUGCACGCCGCCCAAGGAGGGCGACGAGUCGUAUCCGUUGUGGAAGGAGGAGGUCAGCGGGAUUGCGCGGACGCUGAAGGAGCGGAGCGAGAUCCUCGUCAAGGCGUUCCGGGAACUCGAAGGCGUGACUUGCAAUGACGCUGAGGGCGCCAUGUACCUCUUCCCGACCAUCACCAUUCCUCCCAAGGCCAUCGCCGCCGCGAAAGCUGCCGGACAAGCGCCAGACGCCUACUACUCGCUGAAACUUCUUGAGGGCACGGGGAUUUGCGUGGUCCCGGGUAGCGGCUUCGGACAGGCCCCUGGAACCUGGCACUUCCGAACGACCUUCCUCGCACCCGGGACGGAGGACUACGUGAGGCGGUUGAAGAAGUUCCACGAGGACUUUAUGCGCGAGUAUUCGUAG